AUGGCGGAGCCGCGCCGGGUGCCGUUCAUUAGCCUGUCACCCGUGAGGCGCCGCGAGGCCGAGAGUCCGGCGCUGGAGCGGGAGCCGGGGGGCCGCGAGCCGGAGCCGCCGCCGGCGGGCCGCGAGGUGCCGCUGACGGAGCCGCCGCCGCCGGCGCCUCGGGAGAGCGCCGCCCGCCUGGAGUCUCCCCGCGAGCCCGGCCGGCCCGAGCAGCCGCCGCAGCGGGAACCCCCCCGGCCCGAGCCGCCGCCGCCGCGCCAGGGCAGCCGGCAGGAGCCGCCGCCGCCGCAGGAGGCGCUCCCGCUCCGCCAGACGGUCCGCCUGGAGGUGGUGCUGAAGGACCCCACCGAGGAGGGCUGCGUGGAGUUCAGCUACCCGGAGCUGCUGCUCUGCAGGGAGGCGCGGAAGAAAUCUGUUCACUCAGAAGAUCCUUUCAACGAUGAACAACGUGAGCGGCACGAAGUGGAAGCACUAGCCAAGAAGUUCGAGGCAAAAUAUAGUGGAAAGCCCCACAAACAUCGGAAGGAUCGCCUGCAGGAUCUCAUUGAUAUAGGUUACGGCUAUGAUGAAACAGACCCUUUCAUUGAUAAUUCUGAAGCAUACGAUGAAUUGGUUCCUGCAUCCCUGACAACCAAAUAUGGAGGGUUUUAUAUCAACACUGGUACCCUGCAGUUCCGCCAGGCAUCUGACUCAGAAGAUGAUGACUUUGCAGAGGACAAAAAGCAUAGGCCACCAAAAAUAGCAAAGUUAAAAGAAAGUGAAGAUCGUGGAAUGAAGAAGCGCAAGCGGAAAGAUGAAGGGAUGGAAAAGGAGAAGAAGCCUCGGAAAAUGAAAGUUCCUAAGCAGUUGGGAGUAAUGGCCUUAAAUUCACACAAGUCUGAAAAGAAGAAAAAGAAAUUUUAUAAAGACUCGCUCUCUCUGGCUGCCAUGAUCCGUAAAUUUCAAAAGGAGAAGGAAGCCAUGAGGAAGAAGGAAUCUAGUCCAAAACCUCCAGUGACUAUUGCGACCUCUACCCCUAGUAAAAUUCCUUCUUCCUCUGUCAGUGCAGGAAAUGAUAUCUCUGACUUGAAUCUUAAGAUCAGCGACCCUGUCCUCUCCAUUUUUGGUAGCACAAAUGAACGUGAUCUCCUGCAAGAAACUGAAAGUGCCCUGGAGAUGUUGGGAGACAUUGACUUUGACAAGUUGCUUGAUGGCACUUCUGAUGGCAGCCCAGUAUCUGAGCUGUCAGGAGAAAAUGGAAAUGUCACUCAUGCAACCUACACCUCUCAGGUCAUGACACCCAAGCAGGUGCCUGCCCUCCCAGAAGGUCUGCCUAUGCUACUUGAAAAGCGCAUUGGAGAUCUUCGAACAGCUGCCAAGAUGUUUGAUGAGGAAGGCAGGAAGAAGUUUUUCACACAAGACAUGAAUAAUAUUCUGCUGGAUAUUGAGCUACAGUUACAGGAGAUAAAUCCUGCCAUCCGCAAUGGAGUGUACUCUCACCUUGAGGCUUUUGUGCCAUGCAAUAAGGACACACUGAUAAAGCGUCUGAAGAAGUUACACCUCAAUGUCCAGGAUGACCGCUUGAGAGAACCACUGCAGAAGUUGAAACUAGCUGUCAGUAACGUCAUGCCUGAACAGUUAUGCAAAUAUCAAGAGGAUUGUCAGGCCCGUAACCUAGCUAAGAAUGCCAAGUUGCAAACAGAAGAUGAACGAGAGAAAAAUGGAUCAGAGGAAGAUGAUGAUGAGAAACCUGGAAAGAGGGUUGUGGGGCCCAGAAAGAAGUUUCAUUGGGAUGACACAGUAAGAUCUUUGUUGUGUAAUCUUGUCAAGAUCAAGCUGGGAUGCUAUGAGCUAGAGCCAAACAGAAGUCAGUCUGCUGAAGAUUACCUCAAAACCUUUAUGGAAACAGAAGUGAAACCACUUUGGCCUAAAGGCUGGAUGCAGGCAAGGAUGCUUUUUAAGGAAAGCCGGAGUGUUCACAAUCAUCUCACUUCUGCUCCGGCAAAGAAGAAAGUGAUUCUGGCACCUAAAGCCAAAGUGAAGGACUCUAGUCCAAAGAAAGAACAGAAAACCUGUAUAUCUUCAGUUAAUUCAAGUUGUGUUACUGCAUUGAGUGCCGGUGCACCUGUCUGCACCCCAUCCAGCUCUAGCUGCACACCAGCUCCAGAGACUAUCUGCUUGGACGACUCACUGGACGAAGACCUUUCUUUCCACCCGCCCUCGCUGGACUCUAUUUCUGAUGCUCUUGCAGUUAUCAAUAAUGGUGCCAAGGGAUCUCCUCUUGGGUCUGCUAUAGAGACACCAACAUCUAGACCUCGCCCUGGGCUGAGGGAAGAGAAACUGGCAAGCAUUAUGAGUAAGUUGCCUUUGGCAACUUCUAAGAAAGUAGAGCCCCCUCAAACACCCCACUCAUCAAGUCUUAUUGCUGGUCACACAGGGCCAGUACCAAAGAAACCCCAGGACUUAGUUCACACUGGUAUCUCUUCAGGCCUUAUUGCUGGAUCUUCAAUUCAAAAUCCUAAAGUUUCCUUAGAGCCUUUGCCAGCCAAGCUACUUCAGCAAGGACUACAGAGGUCAAGCCAGAUCCAAGCUGCUGCUGCUUCUUCACAGACUCAUGUUUCUUCCUCUAAAACCCAAGCAGCUAUUUCUACCACCUCUCAAAGACCCAAGGAUGCUAACAUCUUGGUAUCAUCUUCUGAAGUUCAGGGUGGUUCUUCAACAUCACAGAUGACAAAGGUGCACCAGCAUUCAGCUGUACAGCAGAAAUACGUAUCUCCUUUACAAGCAACUAUCAGUAAAUCACAGACCAAUCCAGUGGUGAAGUUGAGCAGUAAUCCCAAACUGUCUUGCUCAUCGCCAGUCAUCAAAGCUCAAGAGAAGUCUGUAGUGUAUCGCCUGCCUUUGUCUAAUCCCUCAUCUGGAAGUGGCUCUCAAGUAUCUCACCCACUGGUUUCUCGGACAACAUCCAGCACCUCUACCUCUAGUAACUAUUUAGCCAAGGCUAUGGUGUCGCAGGUUUCUUCCCAGGGUUUCAAGCCUCCCUUCUCCAUGGCUGCCUCUCCCAAACCUGCUGCCUCUCCCAAGCCCACUGCAUCAAAGCCCUCUGUGACACCUAAGCCCAAUGCAUCCCCUAAGUUUUCAUCUAAGUCCACCUCAUCCCCCAGGCCUGCAGCAACACCCAGUUCUUCCAGUUCAAGUGCACUAGUUUCCCAGAGUAGUCACUCCAGCAACACUCCCCUACAUAAACAGACCGGUGGUGUAAAUAUCAGCAGGCAGUCUCCCACAAUGAAUUUGCUGCCCUCUAAUCGCACCUCAGGCCUUCAGCCUGCAAAGAACCCUCAGGCUUCUUCAAAAUUACCCAACUCUUCUCCUUCUGGAACUGUUGGUAAAACUAAUUUGGGUGGAGUUGGAAUGAAUGUACCUGCCAGCAGAGGCAGUAACCUUAACUCAAGUGGAGCUAGUAGGACUAGUCUGUCUGGGGGAGCAGGAAGUGGAACACAGGGUGCUACUAAACAAUUGUCAACUCCACACAGACCAUCUUCUGCCUCAGGGUCUCCAGUUGUAGCAGCCAGUGUGCAGUCAACAGCAGGAGCAUCAUUACUGGCUAACGCCUCACCUCUGACUCUCAUGGCAUCACCCCUGUCUGUAACCAGUCAGAACGUGACAUCUGCACCAUUAACUCCUUUUGGGAUGCUGGGUGGCCUUGUUCCUGUGACUGUGCCCUUCCAGUUUCCCUUGGAGCUGCUUGGCUUUGGGACGGACACAGCUGGAGUGACAACCACCUCGGGAUCUACCUCAGCGGCUUUCCACCACAGCCUAACUCAAAACUUACUGAAGGGUUUACAGCCAGGUGCUCAGCACGCAGCAACGUUAUCUCACUCACCUCUGCCUGCUCACUUGCAGCAAGCUUACACAGAUGGAGGCCAAAGUAAAGGGGACACUAAGUUACAGCGGAAAAACCAGUGACUUCUGGACAAGCAAGGGAGCUGAAGCAGUUCUGGUUGGCUGACAGAAUCUGCCCAGUUGGGGAAGUGCUUAUUUGUCACAGGGCUGCUGUUUCUGUCGAUGUUUACAUAUUCUGAUCCCAAGCACUGUGGUGAGAGGAAGAAGAAAAAGAAAACAAUACUUGAUCAAAGAGAGAAGGAAAAAGGGAGGACUGGUCCUCCUCCUGGUCAUGCAGACUGGUCAUAGUUUGAUCUCGCCUAAAGAAACAAACUUUUUUUCAUUGUUCUGAUUGGCUUUUAAAAGAAAUUGAUUGUCAAACCCACAGCAGCACAAACAUUUUUUUUUUUCUGGGUAAUCUUCAAUAAAGAGUUAAAAUAAUGAGAGGAGCUAGAAUAGGUUUCUCCAUCUAUUGCAUGAGGUGAAGUCAUCUACUUUAUUAGUUCCUGAAGUGCCCGGUAUAAGACUAUAUGUAGGUCCUGAGUGUACCAUAUGGCUUUGGGCCAAAGGUUGUGUAGAGUAGAGGUGGUGCUGGGAUACUUUGCAUUGUAUUUAAAAACUUACAGAAAUGCAGGUUCUGAUGUGGGCAUUCUUCCAGCUUUACAAGGUUGUUUGGCUAUAGAGAGCCUACAUUAAUCCCAAGGAGCUGUCUUCAAAAACAGAUCUCCUGGUACAUGAGAUGUGAGAGACUACUAGGAAACCAUUUGAUCCUUGCUUUUUUUUUUUUUCUUUUUUUAACAUAAUAAUUCUUACUCAAGGGAGGAAAGAUGUUUGGAAAUUUUUCAUCUUACAGAAAAGGAAAAGCCACAUAUUAUUGGUCAGGCUAGCGUUUCUUUCCUACAUCUGUUUUUUUUUAAAGGCAUUCUAUGAUUAUUUUUUUUUCUGUCUCUCUGUUAAACUUUUCCUUUCCCUUUUGUUUAUCCUACUAAAAUUAAGUAGUGUUCUAUCGCAUCUCUUAUGAAACAUGGUAAGUUCUUUACCCAUUUUAAAUCUUUCUCAUCUUUUGUGCAACUGCUCCCAAAAGCCAUGCAUUAUCAUGAUUUGCUGGUAAAGGAAAGCGGAAUGUGACUUACUCCAGAGCCAGGUUGAUAUUGCUUCAGGCAUUAGCCAAAGAGGAGUCGUUCAAGAGCGACCAGAGGUGCCUUCUCUUCCGGGGGCUGAUUGGGUUGCCUCCAGCAUUUCUAGCCCCUGCUGGCCUGAAGUUUCCAACCUGAACUCUUCCUUACAUGGUAGCACAAGACGGCAAAGCUGGCUUUUUUUUUUUUUCUUUAAU